AUGUCUAACCUGGUGGAGCAAUGUCCCCUACCAGAGCUUGCAGAGGCUCUGAGACCAUAUAUACGGCCGCGCGAGGAGGUUGCAGAGAUUCGACGUGGCAUAGACUCACUCUUAAGCCAAUAUGUCCACGAUUCUAACGUCCAAAUCUCGAAGGUAACAUUACCUACAACAGAGACAUCUGCACAGUCGGCACUCAACAGCCCCUUCAAUGGUGUACGGAGGGCUUUCAUGCAAGCACUUAUCGCACGCCAAAAAGCACAAUCUCAGUACGACGCCUUGAAAGCCGAACUGGAUCUCCUGCAGCAUACCCCGAGCGAAAAGGAAAGCGAUGAGAAGCACGAGAACCCAGUGGCCGACACUGUAGCACUCAUCCGUCAAAGACAACGACGGGAUAAACUUCUGGUCAUCGAAAAGGCACUGGACAACUUGGAGAAGGUCAGGCACACUUCGCAAUAUGCGGACCCAAGCGAGCUGUUGAACAGUAUGCAAUCUCAAAUACCACCACCCCUUGCGCAACAAUCCCAAGAUGAGUCGUUGGCUGAGGCACAAUCCCAUGUCUUCGAGCUGCAAAAAGCUGUGCUACGUGCGCAAAACAGUAUCCAGACCAGGUCACACAUCAAUUCUUCUCAACAGCCCAUCACGCAAGAUUGGAAACGCGCAUAUGCUCUUCGAAAGGCUCGAGAUGGUCUGAUAAGUUGGAUUGAGGGCGAGCUUUCAAAGUUGUCAGAGGAUGAAGAACAUAUGCAUCCAGAUAUGGACGUGCCAGAAGAUAGUGGGACAGAAUCACUAGACGAGAUCAAGAUUACACUUCAGGAUCUUUACAGCAAGUACAUCUCUUCACGAGAACGCCUUGUUCAAGUCCUGAACACUCAAGUCAAGACCAACUCAGAACCCGACAAACCUCUGCUUGACAGACAACAGUCAGCGAACGACAAGGAUGAAUCGAACAAUGCUGCGCUCGCUUUGAGAGUUCUACCUUACAUCGGUAUCCUCCGAUCUACUACUCAAGAAGAAGCGGCCUUGAUGCAGCACGCUUCAUACAUACGACGACAAAUCACAGCGGUUUCUACUGAGACAGAGCAGUUGUUGGUUCGCCUUUCGGACGAGAGUCAUAUGGUCAGGCCGGGGACAUCACACACUGCUGCCUGGGCUGAAGCGGCAAGAGAUGCAAGAAACAGCGACCAGGAUGUUGUUCACGCCCAUUUAAUCAAAAGCGAGACCAGUAUUGGUAGCGUCGGAGAGUUUUUGGCCUCGGCGUAG